UUUCGGGUGUUAAUAUUUUGAUAUUAUACCUAAACAACAUCGUGCUUGGUAAAGCGGCAGCGGAGUGGCGGACAACUCAGAGGACUAACCGAGAUGACAGAUAUCACGUGAUCAUGUACGAGCACCAUUAUUGGUCCAGCUACAGUGUUUAAUUAUUUUCGAAUCCGUACUCGAGCCUUCUACGUAUUUUCAGUUUGGUGAUACGCAAUCAGUUCUAUGCCCCAGCUCAUCGAUCCCUCAGUCGUGAACAGGAGAACAUGCCUGACAGUGCUUAACAUUUAACAUUCUACCAACUGAAGAUACCUCGAAAGAAGUUGUGAAGUUUGAAUAAAAGAUACUGGCCUGGAUGAUAAAGAAACAUUGGGUUUACAUGUAAAGGUAGCCGGAAGAGCAAGUGAAAGAAGAUGGCACUACGAAAAGAAGACAUUCAUAUUUAUAAUGGUACGUGUACUUUUAGAGUAGGGUGCAAGCUUAAUCUAGAGGAGUUACAAUUAGGACUGCCUGGUACCGAUAUGGCAUACGAAGAAAAACCUAGGAGAUUGAUCAAGAAGUUCCAUGAUCCGCCUGCCACUGCUACCAUAUAUCCUUCAGGCAAAAUCAUCAUCAGAGGCAACGAUAGUGAAGAACAUGCAGAGCAGACAGCAAGGAAAUGUGCAAGGGAAUUAAAUAAAAUAGACUUUAAUGUUCGGUUUUUAGAGUACAAGGUUGUGAAUAUUUUUGGAACGUACUUGGUGCCGUUUGCUAUAGAUAUCUGGGAAUUUGCAAAGGAACAUCAAAAUGAUGCAAGCUAUGAUCCUGUGAACCAUCCUGCUGCCAAAUACAAGCUCGACCAACCCUUUAAGGCAACUAUUCUGAUCUACCAUACAGGUACAAUCACAGUAAUAGCCCAAUCUGAAAGCAAUAUCGAGGAAGCCAUAAAGCAUAUAUACCCCUUGGUUGAAGCUCAUAAUAUGCCACUCACUGAGGAUAUGAUACGGAAGAGACUACGAGAUGAAGUUGACGAGUAUGAGGAAGGGAACAGUGACGAUGAGAGCGCCGGAGACGAGGAUGUCGGAGACGAUGAUGUCGGAGACGGGGACGGGGUGGUUCGAGACGGGGGCAAAAUCAGUAAAGCCAUAAAGCGCAGAAACCCCUUGGUUGAAUGUCAAAAUAUGCCACUCUCUAAUAAGGCUAUCACACAGAAGAGACUCGCCAAGAAACCGAAACGGGAUAGAGUUGACGAGGAUGAGAAAGAGAACACGGACGAUAACAACGCCAAUGGGAGCGCUGGAGACGGAGGCACCGGAGACGGGGGCACAGGAGACGGAAGCGCCGAAGAUGGGGCUGUUGGAGACGGGGCCAACAAAGACGGGGUCGCCGGGGACGGGGGCGCUGGAGACGAGGGCGCCGAAUACGAGGGCGCCGGAGACGAGGACGAAGAUAGUGACGAGGACGAAGACAGUGACGAGUAUUCUUCGGAUGAUAGCAACUGAAAUAGGAAUGGAUAAUAACUGUCUAGCCACACUAGCAGAGGUAGUGCCGGAGGCAUUAUUUUAAAUAUAAUUUAAAUAAAUAAUUCAUUGACUAUUCAGUUGGACAUAAUUGUACACCAACAUUUCAGUCACUGCAGAAUAGAAGGUUUUUACCAUGAUUAGUAAUGUGGAUUAAAUUAUUUCUGUUUAAUAACACCCUUUUUCGCUUGAUAAGUGUACAGAAUCUUGACUUCAGUUUCGGUCUUCAUGUAACUGUUUCUAGUCUCCUUCACGAUCAUGGAAUCCUCUUGGUAGGGUAUGUAGAUGUUUACUCAAUUGCUAUAGUAAAUACAAAUGUAGUCGUACCACGUCAUAUACAUGUAUGCUAGUAAGCCAAUUGCUUCAGGACAAGCUAGGGCAUUUCAAAAGCAGGGCAAUACCUGCAUUUUACUUUAAACAGGGCACCACACAACUUUUUGGGAGGGGUCCGGAUUGGACUUUCUAAGGUCUGUAUGCAUGAGCCCUGUGUGAAAAUUUCAACAACAAAAGAAGGGGGGGCUAUGGGCUUGUCCCAAGGCGUCUGUGAGUGUUGAGCCUCGUUUCAAAUCAAUGACCAUGUACUUGAAUAUCCCAUUGAUUAGUAUCCUGUAAAUUCAUUGAUUAAGACAUCUGAAAAAACACAAUUAUGUAAUCGUUUGACUCUGCAUUAAUACUGGGAAGGCAGGUGUCAUGAUGAGUGAUUGUGUAAAAGAAAAAGGGCAUGGUUACAAUGUAAAUU